UGGUGGACUGAGGACUCACUUGUCACUGGCUGCAGGCUCUACCGGAUGGUGCCCACACGCCUCUUCCUAGCAGCCGUGCUGCUUCUGGCCCAGACAGCGCCACCGGAAGCUUCCCAGUACUGCUGUAGCCUUGAGUACUGGAACCCAGACAACAAGUGCUGCAGCAGGUGCCUGUGGCGUUUUGGGCCGCCCUGCCCUGAUAAGGAGUUUGUAGAAAACUGUGGGCACAAUGACUUCGGAGAUAUCGAAACACACCCAUUCAAGAACUGUUCUCCUGGCUGGUGCAACCCAGACCGCGAGGAGCUCUGCAGGCCCUGUGGCACUGGGACCCCAGCCCUCACAUUGGCCAGGAACUGUAACAGAAUCCAGCAGCGCUGCAAAGAGAGGCCCAUCGGUACAGAUCAGUGCUCAACAACUAGAAUAGUGCUGAACCACCUGAACCAAAGUGGCUCCUAUGAGCCCAGCUUACCAGCAACUGAUAGUCUCUCGUGGCCCAGUAACAGCAUCAUCUCCCCACCAAACUUUGUCUUGCCCUUGGUGCUGGUUCCACUCCUGCUUGUGACCGUCUCAGUGAUUCUGCUUGCCCUGUGGAGGCAUUGCCUACCCAAGGGAGAAGCCACUGCCAACACUGGCUCAGUUCAUGGAAGACCCAACACCUUCAGCCUCUCCUGGCCCCUCUCCACAGGCACUCUGGUGCUCUCUGGGGUAGGGAGCACAGGGGUGGCGCACUCUUUGCAGAGACACGUCAGCAGAGAGCUGCCGAACCUGGCUUCCCAGCCCCUGUCCUGCCUUUUGGAAGAGCUGGAGGUGCUGGAGGAGCUGAUUUUGCUGUUGGACCCUGAGCCCGGACCAGGUGGGAGCGGAGCCUGUGGUACCACUAGACACCUAGCUGCAAGAUACGGGCUGCCUGCCACCUGGUCUACCUUUGCCUACUCACUGCGGCCCAGCCAGUCACCACUGCGGGCCCUGAUAGAGGUGGUGGUGGCCAGGGAGCCAAGCGCCUCUCUGGGCCAGUUUGGUUCAUACCUGGCCCAGAUUGGGCGGGCAGAUGCACUGCAGGUACUCUCCAGGCUUACUGGACCUACUCUAUUCAAUAAAAACGAAAGCCUCUGA